UCGGCUUCAUGUUCAUCCCGCCGGAAAGAUCGACUCCGGUCAGACCCAGUACAUGGCUGCCACCCUCUCCGUCCAGUCCUUCCCCGGUGGGUCAAGGAUGGAGCUGUGGGGCUUCUUCACUCUGCCAGUGGCCAGAGUGGACUUCCGGGCAGUCUUUAUGGCCAAAUGCUUCCUCAGAACCUUGCCUCCGGUGGACUUGCAAGUGGUUUGCUUGGUGAGGGGCACUGAAAAAAUGGCUGGAUCUGAGAAAAUGGCCAGAUGUGAGCUAGUGGGAGAGAUGAGGAGAGGGGGUGUGUUGGGGACUUGUAGGGGUUGAACGAUGAAAUAGGUGUGAAAGAUUUUGGAUACCAACCCAGGAACAUGAAGAAUCCGAGAGAAGGAGGAUUUAGAGCCACCUAUUUCAUCUUUGCGAUGAUGGGGCUGGAUAACAUAGGCUUUGUGGCUAACAUGGCAAGCUUGGUUCUAUAUUUCAUGUUAAUCAUGAACUUUGACAUCUCUGGCUCUGCAAACACAACUACAAACUAUUUGGGUACGUGCCACUUGUUGACACUCGUUGGAGGGUUCAUCUCUGAUAGCUAUAUGACUCGUCUCAACACUUGUGUACUCUUUGGUGGGAUUCAACAACUGGGAUAUAUAUUGCUCAUAAUUCAAUCCCAUUACCAUAAACUGCAACCUAAACCUUGUGGGGAGUCAACCUGCGUGCAUGGUACAAAAGCUUUGUUGUUUUAUGCUUCGAUGUGCUUAGUGGCACUUGGAGGAGGUGGAAUCAGAGGCUCUGUUCCAGCUUUAGGCGCCGAUCAGUUUGACGACAAGGACCCUGAAGAACGCAAGCAUAUAGCCACCUUCUUCAAUUGGUUUCUGCUUAGCAUUACCAUUGGGGCUUCCAUUGGUGUAACAUUUGUGGUGUAUGUCAGCUUACAUGUUGGGUGGGACAAAGGUUUUAGCAUCUCUAUGUUAUGCGCAUUUGUUGGUCUUGUCUGUCUUGCAUUAGGAAAGCCAUUUUAUCGUGUUCGGGUGCCGGGAGAAAGUCCGUUGUUGAGAGUCUUACAGGUUUUGGUGGUGACAGUGAAGAACUGGAGGGUAGAUGUACCCAACUCGGAUGAACUAUAUGAGCUACGCGAUCGCAAGUCUCUUUCAAAUGGAGAGCUCAUCCCCCACAGCAACCAGUUCAGAUUGCUAGACAAGGCAGCUGUUCUGCCAAAAGGCAUGGAGGCAAGCAAAUAUUGGAGGGUGUGCAGGGUAACGCAAGUGGAAGAAGUGAAGAUUCUGACAAGGAUGAUGCCCAUCCUUCUAAGCACCAUCCUCAUGAACACAUGUUUAGCCCAGUUGCAGACCUUUUCCAUCCAACAGGGGACCAUCAUGAACACACACAUUCACAGAUUUGAUGUCCCAUCAUCCUCAAUUCCCGUGAUUCCUUUAUUGGUCAUGUCCAUUCUCAUUCCCGUGUACGAAUUUGCCUUGGUGCCAAUCUUGCGUAAAAUCACCGGCCACCCCAACGGCAUAACCCACUUGCAGAGAGCGGGGGUUGGGCUUGUCCUCUCCGCAAUCUCAAUGGGUAUAGCAGGCAUCAUAGAAGUGAAGAGGAAGCACGAAUUCAUCCACCACAAUCACCGAAUCAGCGUCUUUUGGCUGUCUUUCCAGUAUGCCAUCUUCGGAAUUGCAGAUAUGUUUACACUCGUGGGGCUGCUGGAGUUUUUCUAUAAGGAGGCGCCUGUUGGCAUGAGAUCCCUUUCCACUUCUUUCUCCUGGCUCUCUUUGUCCAUCGGCUACUACUUGAGUACGGCGUUCGUUGAGCUCAUAAACUUGGUCACCGGUAAGCUGAGUAAGAGCAAGAUGGGGUGGCUGGAAGGGCGUGACAUGAAUAAGAACCAUUUGGAGCGCUUCUACUGGCUCUUGGCAGUUGUCAGCAUUCUCAACUUUGUUAAUUACAUGUUUUGGGCUAAAUGGUACAAGUAUAAAACGGAUGCUCCGAUUGAUGAAGGAACGCUCUACUCAAAUCAAAGCCAAUUAGCAGGCGGCGCAGAUCAAUCAUUAUCUGCUACUACUACUACUAUGAGCUUUACAUCCAAAAACCAAGAGCAAGAAGAUGAUCAGAGAAAGAAUUGAAUGAGGUUAAGUAAUCUUAUGUCCAUGCAUGAAAACUUAACUUGAUCACCAAUAUUUCUGAAGGUUGAGCAAAUUAAGUAGUCAUGCAUGUCAUAAUUAAUUAUAUAUAUCUUACAUAUAUUUAUACAAUCCUUCCUCCUCCCCUGCAAUCCAACAAAAUGGGAAGUAAACUUUUAAUUAAUUUGUAGUUCGCUUUUUUGAAAAUAUAUAUCCAUAUAUGCUCGAUCUAUAGAUUAAUAAAUGAAGGACUUUCUCAUUA